AUGAUAGCAGAUCUAUCAGAUAAACAAAUUACGAUAACAGCAGGUCUGACUGAUAUACUACAAACUACGAUGGCAAGUCUGUUUGAAAUUAUAUUGUUAAGGAAAAGAAAGGACAAAGAGUCCACCAAAAGCAAAGAAGAAAAAAAGGUCAAAUUAACUCCAGCAGACAACCCGAAAGAAAAAGACACAAUCGAAAUUCUUUUAGAAGAUCAUUACGAAGUCCAACAGUUCUUAGAAAUGAUUCCCGCUAAUGCUUUGAAAAACGGAUUAGUUGUUUUAAAAAAAAUGAAACAGAAGAGAUUUGAAGACAAUCCCUAUAUAUUUCAGCGAUUACUUGCUGAUUCAGACAAUAGCAACAAUAAUACAACAAUAGGGAUCAAACUUUUAUAUAAAGAAAAGAUAACUGGAAUGGAAUUUGAUGGUUCCAAAAUAAAUGGAGCUAUUCCUUUUGUGAGAAAUAUUGAUGAUGAUAAUAAUUUUAAUUUAAGAAUUAAUUCCAUUUCUGACAAAAUAGAUGGUAGCAAUAUGUCUUCGUUAAUAGAAGACAUGCUUGUAGUUUUAGAUGAAAUCAAAUCAGAAAAUGAGAUAACUGAAUUAACAAGACAGCGAAAUGCAAGAAAAUACGCAUAUUUUUAUGAAUUAUAUAAGAUGAUAUUAGAAACAGUCGCUUCAGAGCCAAAAAAAUUUGGCGAAAUAAAUGCAUUAAAAGCUAAGAAAAAACUUGAGGGGAGAAGAAAGAAACAGAAGAAAAAACUGAAUUAG